AUGGGUGGGGCUGCUGAUUUUCCAGAAAGAGCUUCGUCUCCCUUGAAGCGACGCGCUUCCAGCAUGGAACCCGACAGUAUUGAGCAAGACGCAAACGAAGAUGUCGAUAUGAUUACUGCGCCCACGUCAGACACCGUGGACACAUCCAAGUCGGAGCAAUCCGAAAAAGUUGAUACUGCUGAAUCGUCUUGUUCUAUCACAGACGAACCAAAGAACGAAAUGGUUAGAGAAGACGGGGAACCAAUGGACAUUUCACCAUCAGGUAUGUGUGCCACCGACACAAACUGGAUUCAUGAGGUUGACCGACCCAUCAAAGGAUGCAAAUUCCCGGUAUCAAUUGAGGCCCACGUAAAGGCCAUCAGGACCCUACUUAAAGAUCAAUAUAGCUCGCCACUCAAGGACGGCCAGGAGUGUUACCUGGUCUCGAAAUCCUGGCUCGCCAAGGUACCGGACGAACAAUCACCGAAACAUACCGUUGAAGACUUGGCUGCAAUACCGCCAGUCGAUAAUUCAGAUAUCAUCCAAGAGAUCAUUGAAGAUCCCUGCGUUGGUAGUACCAUCGACCCAUUAAAGAAGCAGUUUGUUUGCUUGAAGCCGAAAUACGACUCGGAGCAAUUUGAAGCAUUUCCUCCUGCUGCAUGGGAUCUACUUAUGCAGUGGCCUGGACUAAAGGAAGGCCAAUUACCAAUUCGCCGUGAGGCUCAUGCCACAAAAGAGGAUGGCACAGAGAUCAGGUGGGAAUGGCAUCCGCCUAUUCUUAGCAUACAUCGACUUUGGUCUGCGAUGAGUGUGCAUCCCGUCGAGGCAUCUAUGAAGGCCAAUAACCCAGGACCGAUGAGAUUAGUCCGCAGUGCUAGUACAUCAUUCCAAACGUUCUUAAAGCAGGCAAAGAUGCUUUCAGGUAUUGCUCUGGAGACGAGGGUCCGAGUCUGGACAGUUCCGCAACCGCCAACCGGUGCUCAGGCGUGGAAGCAUCUUGUAGAUGUUGAAACGUUCCUGGCACUUGAGAAGAACUCGGAGCGAGAACUCAUCGAUCUCAGUGAUCGCACUAACCAGUCGGACACCAAAUCGGUAAAAACGCUAAAUUUCUUUGGUAUUCUACAACCACAGGCAAUCGUUCUGGAUCUGAACGAGACUGGUACCAACUGGACGUCUAACUCGGUAUCGGCUCAAGCGCGAACAUCGCUGCCUUCCAGAAACACUUCAAGCUCGGCUAUAGUGAAUCGGAAUUCCAAGAGCGGUCGUUCUAGCCCUGUGCUCCAAGGACCUCUGACUCGUGGAAGGUCACAAAAAUCAGGACGGGUCCCUGGAUGCGUCGGAUUAACCAACCUGGGCAAUUCAUGUUAUAUGAAUGCUGCCCUUCAAUGCGUCCGAAACGUGGAAGAAUUAACCAAGUACUUUCUCUCAGGCGAGUGGGAGAGGGAGCUCAACCGGGAGAAUGUUCUCUCUCACAAUGGCGACGUGGCUGCCGCAUAUGCCCAGCUACUUAAGGAAGUGUACAAAGACCCUUCGCCGGGUUGCGUCUCACCCCGUCAGUUUAAAACUACGAUUGGCAAAUAUUCGACGGGAUUUUCUGGCUAUGGACAGCAGGAUUCCCAAGAGUUUUUGGGCUUCCUACUUGAUGGUUUGCAGGAAGAUCUUAGUCGGAUUAAGAAAAAGCCUUACAUUGAAAAGCCGGAUUCUACGGACGAGAUGGUAAAUGACGCGGAUGCAAUCCGACAGAUGGCGGAGAAGGUUUGGGACAUUACCAAAAAGCGCGACGAUUCCGUCAUUGCAGAUCUAUUCACUGGCUUAUACAAAUCAACGCUGGUUUGCCCAGAGUGUGGGAAGGUCAGCAUCACAUUCGACCCUUUCAACAACUUGACCUUACCCCUUCCCGUGUCAACUAAGUGGACGCACACGGUCAAAUUCUUCCCGCUCAAUGACCGACCGAUCGACAUCAAAGUUGAAUUAGACAAACAUGCGAGCAUUAAGAGUCUCAAACAGUUUAUCUCUGUCCGAACUGGCGUAUCUGUUGAUCGUCUUUUCGGCGCCGAAGAGUGGAAAGGACGGUUUUACAAGCAUUACACCGACUUUUCAUGCGCUUCGGAUGACAUUGGGGGCAGUGACAAUGCCUGGUUUUUUGAGCUAGAAGCUAAGCCUACUAACCUUGGUGCUAAAUCGCAAAAGCAGCAGAAACUCGGAGAGGCUGUGAGGUCCAUGGUAGACGAGGGCGAGCAAAAUCCUUCAAUGCCAUGGGACAACGAAGAGGCCGAAAGUUUGCUCGUUCCUAUCCUCCAUCGACGACCAACAACCGGGAAGAACAACUAUUCUUCAGCGAAGUGGACUACAGCUUGUGCACCACACUUUAUCGUUGUCACACCCGAGGAGGCCAGGAGUGAAGACGCUAUUCGUCGCAAAAUCCUAGAGAAGGUGGCGACGUUUACUAGGGGCUCCUUCUUUUCUAGGGUAGAGGAGGCCGACAGCUCCGAUACUACCGAACCAGAAAUGAUAGGGCCCGGCGGCUCCGAUGAGGGUUCCUCUAAUGAAGUUAUUGCACAGUCAGUAAAGGGGGAAGAUGACAUGGUUGACGUUCAAAUGAAAGACGCCAACAAUGCUCGAAGUACCUCUCGAGUGAAGCACCAAUUCUGCCGGAGGAGACCAGCCUGGGUAGAUUCCGAAAAAUUCCUCCCCCCUCAAUUUCAAAACCUAUUCACUAUGACCAUCUACAGUGAAAGCGGUACUCGGCUUCCAACCGGCAUGAAUAACAUUAACGACAAUAUUGAGUAUCCGAACAUCACCCUCAGAGCCCCGCCUGGAAGUCCUUCGUCGGAAGACCAGUGUGAUACAAUCACUAAUGGUACAGCCUCUAAUGAAGACUCAAGCUCAGACGAAGCUCCCCGGCGGAAUUCGGGCCAAUCCUUCACGCGGAUGAAUGAUGAAAGUAACGAUGAGGAUACCGGUGUAAUUUCCAGAACGCAAUACCGCUACAGCAAGCACGGUAAGCAAAAUAAGGCCAAGGGUAAACAUCAAAAGCACAACAAAACGUAUAGUAAAUACGGAAAAGGCAAUAAAAAGGGGCGUCAGCAGCAACAACAGCAGCAACGCCAGAAUAAGGGGAAGCAGCAUGCCUUAGAUGUCGAAGAUGCCUCUAACGCGGACGAGGUUCGUUACGAUGGCGGUCCCCUCGUCCGCUUAGGGGAAGCCCUUAUUGUGGAUUGGUCCGAACAAGCUUAUGACAGCAUAUUUGUUGGCAGCAGUGUUUCAUUCCGGGAUCCGUCACUGACGACGUGGGAUUCCUGCGAAACUCUUCCCGAUCCCGAGCUAGAGAAGGCCCAGGCCAACCGCGAAAGACGGGAAAAGCACGGCAUUACGCUUGAGUCGUGCCUGGACGAGUUUGAGCGAGAAGAGAUUCUUUCGGAACAAGAUAUGUGGUUCUGCCCUCGCUGUAAGGAGCAUCGCCGUGCUAGCAAGAAGUUCGACCUAUGGAAGACCCCAGACAUCCUGAUCAUACACCUCAAGAGAUUUAGCUCCAGUAGCUUUAGAAGAGACAAAUUGGAAGUUCAAGUAGAAUUCCCUCUAGAGAACUUAGACAUUAGUUCUCGCGUCUUGCACAAGGAAGACGGGAAGUUGGAGGUCUACGAUCUCAUUGGGGUUGAUUCUCACUGGGGCGGCCUAGGAGGCGGCCAUUAUACUGCUCACACGAAGAACUUCGUGGAUAACCAAUGGUAUUUGUACAAUGAUUCUUCGGUGCGGCCUCCAUCGUCUAAGGAACUGGUGGACAAGUCUGCAUACUUGCUGUUUUACCGUCGACGAUCUGAGAAACCUCUUGGUGGGCCUCGCUUCCAGCAAAUUUUGGACAAGUUCGUAGACGAUGAGUCUGAUGAUGAAAUCCAAGAGUCGGGGGAAGGUCAGCGUCUCGGCGAGGGCUUCUCCCAGAAUGGGUCGUCGAGCGCUUUCCAAGAAGCAGGAGCUAUUCGCCCAUAUCCAAAUCCAAAAAGUGGUGGUGAUUCGAAGUUUGAGUUCGCCACAAACAACCAAGAACAAGACUGGGAUUCUAAAGAAGCUAUGGCUGCCGACGAUAUUCAUACAAACUCAUCCUCGGCCGCCAGGGUCCAUCGAAGCAUCGAAGAGGACGAAGGCAUCGAUCUAACGGAGGAUAAGACAGAACCCACCCGGGCAGGCUUUCAGCCCCUUCCAACCAACAAUACUUGGAACUUCAGCAAUAUCCCGAACCAGGAUGACCAGGACAUGGAACGAGUCCCUUCGGAAAGCCCUUUCGAUUCCGGUGCCGCCUCUGAUGAAGCGCAACAUGAUUCCUCUGGCGAUGAGCGAGUUAUGAGCCCUCGUACGCUAGAUUUUGACUCAGAUGUCGAGGGAUAUCCGGGCAUGGCCAAUUACCAGCUGUCUCCGCAACCCGACGUCAACCCGCCUUCUUACACUAGCGAGAACGCUCCUGACUAUCAGGGCCAAGUAACUCUGGAUGAUCUACAAAUCCACGAGAUCCCGCCCCAGGGCGAAGCUGGGGAGGAAUCUGAAGACGCCGCGGAAAUCCACUUAGACGAAAGUGAUAAGAUCAAGCUGGGAUAA